UUGGGCUAUAUGGGGCUUAAAAGGAGUGGGACCUUCUGAUCUGGCCUCAGAAAGGACUUUGAAGAGCAAGCGGCGUUGUUCGCCUGCGGAAGCAGUGCUGCCGGUCUCUGGACAAAUUUCUCCGGGAAGUGGAGACAAGGAAGCUCCAGCUUCGCUUUCCCUUGUGGCCCAGAGUGGAACAUACUGAGCUGCACUGAAUCAUCUGGAUGCACUCGCAACUUUAGGAACUGGUGGCAAUUUGUAAAAAGACAGCUCUGGAAGUUGAAGAGACCAGUGGCUUCAAGCAAAAAGUAAAUUGAAAAUGGGAGAUAUCUUUUUGUGUAAGAAAGUGGAAUCACCAAAGAAGAAUUUGAGAGAAUCCAAACAAAGGGAGGAGGAUGAUGAAGAUCCAGAUCUGAUCUAUGUUGGGGUGGAGCAUGUACAUAGAGAUGCUGAAAUUCUCUUUGUCGGGAUGAUUUCAAAUUCAAAACCAGUCGUUUCAAACAUUUUGAACAGAGUCACCCCAGGCUCAAAUUCAAGAAGAAAGAAAGGCCACUUCCGUCAAUAUCCUGCUCACGUGUCGCAGCCUGCAAAUCAUGUGACCUCUAUGGCAAAAGCCAUCAUGCCAGUUUCUCUGUCUGAGGGGCGAUCAACAGAUAGUCCUGUCACUAUGAAGUCUUCAUCUGAACCUGGUUAUAAAAUGAGCUCGCCACAAGUUGUUUCUCCCGAUUCCUCAGAUUCGCUCCCCGCAGGGACUCAGCGUCUAGUUGGAGCUAUGGUCUCUGGAGGAGGCAGAAAUGAGAGUUCUCCUGAUUCAAAGCGACUUUCCACUUCAGAUGUAAACAGCAGAGAUUCCAAAAGGGUUAAACUCAGGGAUGGAAUCCCAGGGGUACCUUCUUUAGCUGUGGUCCCUUCAGAUAUCUCUUCUACAAUAAGCACAAAUACACCCUCACAGGGGGUCUGCAACUCAUCAAACCAUGUUCAGAAUGGAGUAACAUUUCCUUGGGCUGAUGCUAAUGGAAAGGCACAUUUCAAUCUUACAAAUCCAGAGAGAGCAAAUGAGUCUGGCCUGGCAAUGACAGACAUUUCAAGUCUAGCAAGUCAAAACAAGACCUUUGAUCCCAAGAAAGAAAAUCCCGUCGUGUUACUUAGCAACUUUUACUAUGGACAGCAUAAAGGAGAUGGGCAGCCGGAACAGAAGACUCACACCACCUUUAAAUGCCUCAGCUGCGUGAAAGUUCUAAAAAAUAUUAAGUUUAUGAAUCACAUGAAGCAUCAUUUGGAAUUUGAGAAGCAGAGGAACGACAGCUGGGAAGACCACACCACCUGCCAGCACUGCCACCGGCAGUUUCCCACUCCCUUCCAGCUACAGUGUCACAUUGAUAGUGUACACAUCGCCAUGGAGCCCUCUGCUGUCUGUAAAAUCUGUGAAUUGUCAUUUGAAACAGAUCAGGUCCUCUUACAACACAUGAAGGACCAUCAUAAGCCUGGCGAAAUGCCCUAUGUGUGCCAGGUUUGCCAUUACAGAUCGUCGGUCUUUGCUGAUGUGGAAACACAUUUUAGAACGUGCCAUGAAAACACAAAGAAUUUGCUUUGUCUGUUUUGUCUCAAACUUUUCAAAACCGCAAUACCAUACAUGAAUCAUUGUUGGAGGCACAGCAGAAGGAGGGUCCUUCAGUGUUCCAAGUGCCGGCUACAGUUUUUGACGUUGAAGGAGGAAAUAGAGCACAAAACCAAGGACCAUCAAACAUUUAAAAAGCCGGAGCAACUGCAAGGGUUGCCUCGUGAAACAAAAGUUAUUAUUCAAACUUCAGUUCAGCCAGGAUCAAGUGGUAUGGCUUCCGUUAUUGUUAGCAACACUGACCCUCAGUCUUCUUCUGUAAAAACUAAGAAGACGGCUAUGAACACUAGAGAUUCCAGACUCCCUUGCAGCAAGGAUUCUAGCUGAAAAUAUGUUCGACUGACUUCCAGGAGUUCCGAAAGGCAGAAGUGAGGCUAGGCCAUAUGUGCAUUGUGGCUGUAGAUGCUAGCAAGCAAUGUCAUCAACUGUCAGGUUGUUUUUUACAGUGACAUCUCAUCAGCUCCCUAUUGUCAAGAAGUAGCUCCAAAGUCUUUGAGCCCUUUCCCAGUCAAAUGCUCCCAACAGGGCAUCCCUUAUUCUGACCUCAGAGGUUUUUCUUGUUUAUGAACUUUAAAUAAAUGGAAUCACACAAAGAUUCUUGUCUUUGGCUUUUUAAAAUAAGUGAGAUGGCUGGGCGUGAUGGCUCAUGCCUGUAAUCCCAGCACUUUGGGAGACUGAGGUGGGUGGAUCACUUGGGGUCAGAAGUUUGAGACAAGGCUGGCCAACAUAGUGAAACCCCUUCUCUGCAUAAAAUAGAAAAAUUAGCCAAGCGUGGUGGUGGGCGCCUGUAGUCCCAGCUACUCGGGAGGCUGAGGCAGGAGAAUAGCUUGAACCUGGGAGGGGGAGUUUGCACUGAGCUGAGAUCGCGCCACUGCCCUCCAGCCUGGGUGACAGAGCAUGACUGUCUCAAAAUAAAGUAAAAUGAAAUAAAAUAAGUGAGAUGCAUUUUUGCUGUGUGUAGCAGUAGCACAUUCUUUUUCAUUGCUGGGUAGAAUUUUGUUGAGUGACUGUGGCAGUUUUGUAUAAAUUUAUUUCACUGUUGAUGGACUUUGAGGCUGAUUCUUUGGCAAUUUUGAAUAAAGCUGCUAUGAGCUCGUGCGUGUCUUUUGGUAAGCAUGUAAUCAUUUCUCGUGGGUAUAUAUAUCUAUGAGAAGUGCUGGAACUGCAUAUAUUUAGCUGUCUAGUGUAGAUACUGCCAAAUACAUUUCCAGAGUGAUUGAAACGAUUUACAUUCCCACCACCGAUACUGCGAAUUCCAUUGCUACUGAUCCAGCACUUGGUACUGUCAGUCCUUUUAGUAAGUGCCCUUCUCUUGAAAUUGUAGUGGUACCUUAUUGUGGCUUUAAUUUGCAUUUCCCUGAUGAUUAAUGGACCUUGAGAUUAUAUAGUUAUCGGCCACGUGAGUAUUUCUUUUUAUUAAAUGUCUAUUCAAGUUUUGCCCCCUCCUACCUUUUUAAAAACUGGGCUGUCGACUGGGAAGGGUGCUGGGGCACUGGAAAUGUCCCAUAUUUGGAUCUAAAUCAUGGUUUUAUGGUUUAUCUUUCAUGAGUCUUAUUUAAGAAAUUGUCUACAAACGACAUAAAGAUAUUCCUUCUAUGUUCUAGAAGCUUUACUGUUUUGAUGAGACAUCUCAAACUGAUUUUUUGUUAAUGGUGUGAUAAGGCACGAAGACUAAUUUUUUCAUAUACAUACCCAAAAUCAAUCAGCACCACUUACUAAAAAGACCACUCCUUCCCUACUGUAUUGCCGUGGAAACUGUGUGAAUCAGGUAUGAUUGUAUAUAUGUGUUUCUGGAAUCUAUUUCAUUUCAUUUGUCCUGUUCUCUAUCCUUGUGCUAAUGCUGCAGUAUCUUAAUUAUUGUAGCUUUGCAUAAUCCUCCAUGUGGUAGUUUCAUUUCUCCAACUUUGGUGUUCAAAAUUGCCUUGGCUGUUCCAAAUGCUUUGCGAAUUGAAGUGGCUUUCAUGGGUGUGCUUUUCUUGGUCUCAAACUCAGGUAGAACAGUUUACUUUAAUUGUGAUGUUAGCUGUGGGGCUCUUUGUAGUUACCCACUGAGUACAGGGGAAUUGACUUACAAAUCAGUAACAGAAAGAUCACUGAAAAAAACCCCAAAGUUCCUAAAUUAGGCAAUACAUUUCUAAACAGGGCUGGGACUAGGGUGAGGCAAGCAGGGAACCUAAGGUGAUAAUAUGCCAUACCUGAAGCUGGGCGUGGGUCUCUCCUUAAUGUGCCUCAGCCUCCUUGCUUAUCUCACCCCAGUCCUGGUCCUCAUUCUGAAUAACCCAUAGCUCCUCUAAGAAAUUGCAGUGAAAAAAGGAAAAUGUUGAACUGAAAGAUAUUGAAAACAACCACAAAAUUUAUGGGAUGGAACUAAAGCAGUUCAUGGGAAUUUAUAUUUCUAAAUGCAUAUAUUUGGGAAGAAGAAAGGUUGACUAAUGAUCUAAGUCAGUGCUGUCCGUAGAUCUUUUUGCAAUGAUGAAAAUGCUCUACUUCUGCUCUGUCCAAUAUGCUACAGGUGACUAUUGAUCUGUUGAAAUAUGGCAAGUGUGACUGAGGUACUAAAUUUUUUAUUUUAUUUUUGAUUAAUUUAAAACUAAAAAAGCUAUUUUUGAUUAAUUUAAAACUAAAGGAAGAAGAGACAAAUCUUCCUUAAAGAAGAAUUGCAAAGUAAUUUGUGUAGAUAAUUUUCCUUCAAUGAGACCUCACGGCCUUCCUGCAUGUAGGCAAGAUUUAGAAUAAGGUAUGAAAGCGGGGGGAAAGUAAUUUACAGUGGAGAAGCCAGUAGGAAAUCUUAUUGAUAGCAUGGAUCGCUGAUGAGAAAUUAUGAGAAAGACACAUCAUGUCUGCGAUAGUCUUCUAAAAACCAUAACCCCAGUGUAACCAUGAGAAAAACAUCAAACCCAAAUUGAGAGACACUCUGAAAAAUACCUGACCUUCUUAAAAUUGUCAAGGUCGUGAAAAGCAAGAAAAGUUUAAGAAACUGUCACAGACCACAGAAGGCUAAGCACACAAAAUGACUAAGUACAAUUCAGUAUCCUGGGUGGGAAUCUGGAACAAAAAGGAUGAUGGGAAAAACUAGUGACAUUUGAAUAAAGCCUGGAGCUUAGUUGAUACUAAUUUACUGAUGGACAUUGGAAUUAUUAUGAAGCCAAAAGAAGAUCAUUUCUCAUAGAUUUAUUUUUCAUUUUAUUAUUUUUUGAGACGGAGUCUCGCUCUGUUGCCCAGGCUGGAGUACAGUGGUGCAAUCUCAGCUCACUGCAACCUCUGCCUCCCAGGUUCAAACAGUUCUCAUGCCUCAGCCUCCCAAGUAGCUAGGACUACAGGCGCGUGCCACCACACCCAGCUAAUUUUUGUAUUUUUGGUACAAAAAUGGGGUUUCACCAUGUUGGCCAGGCUGGUCUUGAACUCCGGACCUCAAGUGAUCUGCCUGCCUUGGUCUCCGAAAAUGCUGGGAUUACAGGUGUGAGCCACCGUGCCAGGCCUCUUACAAACAUUUUAGAUAUUGCAAAUAUCUUCUUUACAUAUCAGCCUCAUAUAUACAUUUUAGAUACUGCAAAUAUCUUCUUUACAUAUCAGCCUCAUAUAUACAUUUUAGAUACUGCAAAUAUCUUCUUUACAUCUAUGAUCUCUUCAUUUUGACUAUGGUACACUUCACUGAACAGAAAUCUUCAAAUGCAAGGGUGAGUAAUAUUUAGGCCAUGUGAUUUGAUUAUAACACAAUUAAAAAAUCUUUUAAAAAUCUCAUAGAUUUCAAAAAUAAAUAACAUAUACUAUAUAACCCUUGUGUUAGAAAGAAUCACUAUGUAAAAAAUAGAGGUUCCUCUUCAAAGACUUUCCUCCCUGUCUAAUUACGAAUAAAUAGUAACUUCUCUUAGAAGUAAAAUUUAUUCAAAGACCUGUGCUAACAUUCUUAGAUAUCUGCUAGCCGUAAUAAAGAAAUUAAUGUACUUUGUGUUCUUAGCUCCCACAAUUUAGCCUAAAUAUUUGCCCUCGCAUGCUUAUACUGGUCCAAGCAAGCAUUAGGUCAUAGCCUGUUCCUCUUCCUAUUUGGAGGUGUUUUUACCUUUCUCAGCAUUCCACAAGUUACAUCCUCCUUCCUUUCUUCUCCUCUGCCUUUGCCUCUUUUAGAAAGUUCUAAGUUGUUAGCCAAUCGGGACAAACACAGAAUGUGAGGUCCUGUUCCAGCCAAUGGAAACCGGACACAGCAGCAGGGUGGAUGCGUCAGGUUAUAAAUAACCCUGUAUCCUUUGUUUGGGGUACUCUCGUGGCAAAACUGCUGGCGAGUGUACCCUUUCUGCAGAAAGUAAAAAUGGCCUUGCUGAGAAAAUUAAAUUUAUGUUCAAGUGCUAUUUCUUUGCGGCACCAGGGAACAAGCAUUUCUAACAACUAGGAAAAUUAGGACAUAUCUAAUUGAAGGAUAAUGAACAUAUUACCAAGCGGACUGGUGGGACACAGUUAAACUGGUACUUAAAGGUAAAUUUAUAGCAUUAAAUACAAAAGAAACAAAAAAGUUUACAAGCAAACGAGGUAGGCAUUUUUCUCCAAAAGUUGUAAUGAGAAGUAACAGAGCAAGCCUAUGAAGUCACGAAGGAAGAAAAUAACAGAAUGGAAGAAAUAGAUAAAAUAGAUAAGAAAAUAACAUUAUAGAUUAAUUAAACCAAAAGCGAUUUACCCGCCCCCCAAAAAGAUUGCUAAAAUAGACUUUUGGCAAAAUUGGUCAAUUAAAAAAAAAAAUCAAAGCUGCAAGUAAACUGAGUGGGCAAACUUUCUGUAAAGGGCCAGACAGUAAAUAUUUUAAGCUUUUCAUACAUGGUCUCUGGCAAUUAAUCAACGUUGCUGUUGAAGCAGGAAAACAGGCAUAAAUAAUACCUAAAGGAAUGGGCAUGUUUGUUGUUCCAAUAAAACUUUAUUUAUGGACACUGAAUUUUGAAUUUCAUAUAAUUUUCACAUGCCACAAAAUAUUCUCUUUUUAGCCAUUAAAAAAACGUGAAAUCGGUUCUUAGCUUGCUGCCAGCUGUACAAAAACAGGUGGCAGGCUGGAUUCAACUGGCCCCAGAUGUAACUAGAAGAGGACAGAUGUUAGGUUCAGUUGUUUCCUCACAAUCCCUUCAGUAUGGAUAGUCAACAAAGGGACCACACCUGAGAAUUAUAACAGCUGGCCUUCUGGUGGGCAAACCAUCCCCUGAUGGACUGGAAGCCUGCCCCCCACCCCAAGCCCUGGCUGCGACAGCUCUGGAACCCUGACUGCCUGGGUGCCCCUCAGCUCUGGAACCCUGACUGCCUGGAUGCUCCUCAGCUCUGGAACCCUGACUGCUUGGAUACCCCCUCAGCUCUGGAACCCUGACUGCCUGGAACCGUGAUCCGGAACCCAAGAUCCUUUCAAGGCCUCAGGGGCAUUGCUGCUGCCCUCCUCCUUCUCAAUCUAACCCCGCGUCCAGCCGUAGCCACCAGGGGCGUCAGAGCGCGCGCAUGCUCCGAGCUCGGAGCCGCGCCGAUCUCGCGCCGGCACCUGGCAGCCAAUCGCAGGUCUCCACUGGACGCGCGCGUGUGGAGGCGUGCGCGUCGGCGGCGCCGGGGGCCUGAGGAGGCGUAGUCGCCGCCGGCUUUGCCCCGGGAGCGCCUCCGGCGCUGGUGCGUGGCCGGCAGCUCGCGAACAGCAGCUGAUCCGGACUGGAUGUGACCUUCUGCCUGGAACAGCUCAAGUUCUUAAAAGUUGCGUUGUAAUAAACCUGAGGCUGGGAAGUUCAAGAUCAAGAUGCUGGACGCUUUGGUUCCUUAGUGAAGGCUCUCUUCCUGGCUGGUGGAUGACAGCCUUCUUGCUGUGUUCUCACAUGACAGAAAGAGGAAACAAGGUGGCAGUUUAUAUAAAGGAAGCAUUGGGACUUGUGGCCCCACCAUUCAGGAAUAAAAAAAUUAGAAAAUGGAACAAUCAUGUGAGGAAGAGAAAGAGCCUGAACCACAGAAGAACAUACAAGAAACCAAACAAGUAGAUGACGAAGAUGCUGAGCUCAUCUUUGUUGGUGUGGAACAUGUAAAUGAAGAUGCUGAGCUAAUCUUUGUUGGGGUGACUUCAAAUUCAAAACCAGUCGUUUCAAACAUUUUGAACAGAGUCACCCCGGGUUCAUGGUCAAGGAGAAAAAAGUAUGAUCACCUUAGAAAAGAUACUGCUCGCAAAUUGCAGCCUAAAAGUCAUGAGACCGUUACAUCAGAAGCAGUGACCGUCCUGCCAGCUUCCCAACUUGAAUCGAGAUCAACAGAUAGUCCUAUUAUUAUUGAGCCUUUGUCUAAACCUGAUUAUAGAAAUAGUUCACCACAAGUUGUGCCUAAUAACUCUUCAGAAUUACCUUCUCCUUUGAUUACAUUCACAGGUUCAUUGCAUCAUCCAGUAAGUACAGCACUUUCAGUAGGAGGUAUAAAUGAAAGUCCUCGUGUAUCAAAGCAACUUUCCACUUUCGAAGUAAACAGCAUAAAUCCCAAAAGGGCUAAACUCAGGGAUGGAAUUAUAGAAGGAAAUUCUUCAGCUUCGUUCCCUUCAGAUACCUUUCAUACAAUGAAUACUCAGCAAAGUACACCCUCAAAUAAUGUUCAUACCUCAUUAAGCCAUGUUCAGAAUGGAGCACCUUUUCCAGCAGCUUUUCCAAAGGACAAUAUCCAUUUCAAGCCUAUAAAUACAAAUCUUGAUAGGGAAAAUGAAUUGGCAAAAACAGACAUUUUGAGUCUAACAAGUCAAAACAAGACCUUUGAUCCCAAGAAAGAAAAUCCCAUUGUGUUACUUAGUGACUUUUACUAUGGACAGCAUAAAGGAGAUGGGCAGCCGGAACAGAAGACUCACACCACCUUUAAAUGCCUCAGCUGCGUGAAAGUUCUAAAAAAUGUUAAGUUUAUGAAUCACGUGAAGCAUCAUUUGGAAUUUGAGAAGCAGAGGAACGACAGCUGGGAAAACCACACCACCUGCCAGCACUGCCACCGGCAGUUUCCCACUCCCUUCCAGCUACAGUGUCACAUCGAAAAUGUCCACACUGCCCAGGAGCCCUCUGCUGUCUGUAAAAUCUGUGAAUUGUCAUUUGAAACAGAUCAGGUCCUCUUACAACACAUGAAGGACCAUCAUAAGCCUGGCGAAAUGCCCUAUGUGUGCCAGGUUUGCCAUUAUAGAUCGUCGGUCUUUGCUGAUGUAGAAACACAUUUUAGAACGUGCCAUGAAAACACAAAGAAUUUGCUUUGUCCCUUUUGUCUCAAAAUUUUCAAAACAGCAACACCAUACAUGUGUCAUUAUAGGGGCCACUGGGGAAAGAGUGCACACCAGUGUUCCAAGUGCCGGCUACAGUUUUUAACUUUCAAGGAGAAAAUGGAGCACAAGACCCAGUAUCAUCAAAUGUUUAAGAAGCCUAAGCAACUAGAAGGAUUACCUCCUGAAACAAAAGUUACUAUUCAAGUGUCGCUGGAACCUCUUCAGCCAGGAUCAGUGGAUGUAGCAUCCAUAACUGUGAGCACAUCUGACUCUGAACCAUCACUCCCCAGGUCUAAAAGCAAAAUUUCAAAAAAGUCCCAUUAAUUCUAGUUUCAGUAAAUCUAAAGCAAGUAUUUCAAACCAAAUUAAAAAACCUCAUAAAACAAAAAAUACAAACCAUACAUUAUUCAGUAGCACCAAAAAUAGUGAAACUAGUGGAUUAUAUAUGACUUUUUAAACAAGAUUCAGGAUAUAUAUUAUUUGAUCUGAAUUUUGAGGUAUUAUUUUAAAACAUCUGGUUUUCAUGUUAACUGUAUCUGGCUUAACACAUAAAAGGUGUUUGUGUGUGUAUGUGUGAGAGAGAAAAAGGUAUUAAUUUAUUUUUUUAAUUUUAAUUUUUUUUCUUUUUCUUUUCUUUUUUUUUUUUUUUACUUUA